GGCGGCGGCACGAUGCCCCGCGACAACAUGGCCUCGCUGGUCCAGCGGGUGGCCCGCCAGGCCCGCCUCACCUUCCGCCCGCCGGGCGGCAGCGGCAGCGGCAGCAGCAGCAGCAACGGGCCGCGCGGAGGCGGCGACGGCGGGGGCAAUAGCGACGCUUCUGCGGCCGGGUCGGCGGCGGCGCCUUCCCCGCCGCCGGCCUCCCCGCGCCGCUACCGCGCCCUGCUCCGCUCGCACCAGCUCUACACGCCCGCCUCGGCCCCUUGCCGCCUCUCCCCGCACGCCGACAACCUGCACCAGAUCGACGCCGUCGGCGGCCCCGCCGCUUUCCUCGACAUCCUCGCGCCCCCCUACGACCCCGAGCGCGGCCGGGACUGCCACUAUUACCGCCUGGGCGACGGGCAGAGCCUCGGCCCCGACGCCGAGCACCAGGGGCUGCCCCGGGAGGUCUGGCUGCAAGAGACCCCGCAGGCGCCCGACUUCUGGUGCGGCGGGGAGCCCUACCCGGGGCCCCGGGUGUCUCCUUGAAGCCUCGCCUGGCUGCCUUCUCCACUGGCCCGCUGGAAGGGGCCGGCGAGAGCCAUCCUUCCCUCCCCGGUGAUGGGGGGGCGGGAGGCCUGCCCUGCCCUGCCCUGCCCAGGCUCUGGCCCCAUGCCCUUUCCUGGUUGCUGCACUGGAGACCUUCUAAAGCCAUAGUUGCCCUGUCUUUUCCCAGACCAGACGCUUACCUGAGUAAUAAGAAUAGGAGCAACCCACUUGGGGAACUUCGCAGCAGAACGCCAGCGUUCCUCGAGAGCAUUGCCCUGUGUAAGGAAACAGGCCUGGGCACACAGCCUCCUGUGGUUUUAAGUUCUCCUUCCGGGCUCAGAGCGUUGAGAAGCACAAGCCGCCGGUCCGGAGACAGCACACCCCUCUUAACGAAUGGGUCUGGAGAGAAAACAGGUUCUGCCCAAGAUGUUGCGUUUCAAAUGGUGCAUGGGCAAGAGGGUCUUUCUUGGGAGCUUGGCUCCUUGCACAAACAGCAGCCAACUCAUGCUCGGCGUGGGAACCAGAGAACGCUGAAGUUGAUCCCUGUCAUUUGAGGCCAGUAGUGUCAAGUCGCUUUGCAGUGGAUGCGCCUCAGUUGCGUGGAGUUGGGAGAAGCGGCACUGUCAAUUCGGGACACGACUUGCAUCCCAUUUCUUGUCCUUGCAGGGAAGCUCCAAAACUCUUCAGUUCUGUGGGUGCAAAGCUGUUGGGAGCUGCCAUAUUUAUUUCUCCUAAUUGAUGUGAAGAUAUGGGAGAGUAAUAACAUUUCACCAUUCAGGCACCAAGAUGGUAUUUAGCUUAAUUUAGAAGUAACACUUUGUACCUUCACUUUUCCUCUUCUGCUACAGCUAAAAAAGGCAUUAAGAAUUCUGGGGCCCUUUGAAAAUUACAGUUCCUGCAAUCCAUUUAGUAGAAUUCCAAGAUGGGAUUGGAGGACAGCGAGAUUUAUGCGGAAGAUGAUACGAAAUGGGCUGGAGCGGGACAGUAUACUUUGAAUUAACAUUAUUGGGUGUGUCGUUAAAAUUAAAGUUUAAUUCUGCCUAUGGAUGAUGUCCAGUUGAGCGUGAGGAUCCUGUCAAAAAUAUUACAUCUGUGUUAA